AUAUGCUUCUUUGGGAUGUGGGAGCAAAGAAAGGAUGUGGCAGAUUCUCAUAAACACAAAGAUAAACACAAAGAUCGGGAACACCGGCACAAAGAGCACAAGAAGGACAAGGAGAAGGACCGAGAAAAGUCCAAGCAUAGCAACAGUGAACAUAAAGAUUCUGAAAAGAAACACAAAGAGAAGGAAAAAACCAAGCACAAAGAUGGAAGUUCAGAAAAACAUAAAGACAAACAUAAAGACAGAGACAAGGAAAAACGAAAGGAGGAAAAGGUUAGAGCCUCUGGGGAUGCAAAAGUAAAGAAGGAGAAGGAAAAUGGCUUCUCGAGUCCACCACGAAUUAAAGAUGAACCUGAAGAUGAUGGCUAUUUUGCUCCUCCUAAAGAAGAUAUUAAGCCGUUGAAGAGACCUAGAGAUGAGGAUGAUGCUGAUUUUAAACCUAAGAAAAUUAAAACAGAAGAUAUCAAGAAAGAGAAGAAACGAAAACUAGAGGAAGAAGAGGAUGGUAAAUUGAAAAAGCCCAAGAGUAAAGAUAAAGAUAAAAAAGUUCCUGAGCCAGAUAGCAAGAAAAAGAAGCCGAAGAAAGAAGAGGAGCAGAAGUGGAAAUGGUGGGAAGAAGAGCGUUAUCCUGAGGGCAUCAAGUGGAAAUUCCUAGAACAUAAAGGUCCUGUAUUUGCUCCACCAUAUGAGCCUCUUCCAGAGAGUGUCAAGUUUUACUAUGAUGGUAAAGUCAUGAAGCUGAGCCCCAAAGCAGAAGAAGUAGCUAUGUUCUUUGCAAAAAUGCUCGACCAUGAAUAUACUACUAAGGAAAUAUUUAGGAAAAAUUUCUUUAAAGACUGGAGAAAGGAAAUGACUAAUGAAGAGAAGAAUAUUAUCACCAACCUAAGCAAAUGUGAUUUUACGCAGAUGAGCCAGUAUUUCAAAGCCCAGUCAGAAGCUCGGAAACAGAUGAGCAAGGAAGAGAAACUGAAAAUCAAAGAGGAGAAUGAAAAAAUACUAAAAGAAUAUGGUUUCUGUAUUAUGGAUAACCACAGAGAGAGAAUUGCCAACUUCAAGAUAGAACCGCCUGGGCUUUUCCGUGGCCGUGGCAACCACCCCAAGAUGGGCAUGUUGAAGAGACGGAUCAUGCCUGAGGACAUAAUCAUCAACUGUAGCAAAGAUGCCAAGGUUCCUUCUCCUCCUCCAGGUCAUAAAUGGAAAGAAGUCCGACAUGAUAAUAAGGUUACUUGGCUGGUCUCCUGGACAGAGAACAUCCAGGGUUCCAUUAAAUACAUCAUGUUGAACCCCAGUUCAAGAAUUAAGGGUGAGAAAGACUGGCAGAAAUACGAGACCGCUCGGAGGCUGAAGAAGUGUGUGGACAAGAUCCGGAACCAGUAUCGAGAAGACUGGAAGUCCAAAGAGAUGAAAGUCAGGCAGAGAGCUGUUGCCCUGUACUUCAUCGACAAGCUUUCUCUGAGAGCAGGCAAUGAGAAAGAGGAAGGAGAAACAGCGGACACUGUGGGUUGCUGCUCGCUGCGCGUGGAGCAUAUCAAUCUGCACCCGGAGUUGGAUGGCCAGGAAUAUGUGGUCGAGUUUGACUUCCUUGGGAAGGACUCAAUCAGAUACUAUAACAAAGUCCCUGUUGAGAAACGAGUUUUUAAGAACUUACAACUAUUUAUGGAGAACAAACAGCCUGAGGAUGAUCUUUUUGAUAGACUCAAUACUGCUAUUUUAAAUAAGCAUCUUCAGGAUCUCAUGGAGGGCUUGACUGCCAAGGUGUUCCGUACCUACAAUGCCUCCAUCACGCUACAGCAGCAGCUAAAAGAACUCACAGCCCCGGAUGAGAACAUCCCAGCAAAGAUCCUAUCUUAUAACCGUGCCAACCGAGCUGUUGCAAUUCUUUGUAACCAUCAGAGGGCACCACCAAAAACUUUUGAGAAGUCCAUGAUGAACUUGCAAUCUAAGAUUGAUGCCAAGAAGGAACAGCUGGCAGAUGCCCGGAGAGACCUGAAAAGUGCUAAAGCUGAUGCCAAGGUCAUGAAGGAUACAAAGACCAAAAAGGUGGUAGAGUCAAAGAAGAAGGCUGUGCAGAGACUGGAGGAACAGUUGAUGAAGCUUGAAGUUCAGGCCACAGACCGAGAGGAGAAUAAACAGAUUGCUUUGGGAACCUCCAAACUCAAUUAUCUGGACCCAAGGAUCUCAGUGGCUUGGUGCAAGAAGUGGGGGGUCCCAAUUGAGAAAAUUUACAACAAAACCCAGCGGGAGAAGUUUGCCUGGGCUAUCGACAUGGCUGACGAGGACUAUGAGUUCUAGCCAGUCUUGAGGAGCAGUUCUGUGAAAAGGAACAGUGUGGUUUGGAGAAGAUGGAUAAACUGUGAGCCUCGCUUGCCCUCACACCUGAUGGGGGAGAGGCAGCAAGUCUUAACAAACCAACAUCUUUGAGAAAAGAUAAACCUGAAGAUAUUAUAAGGGAGAGCUGAGCCAGUUGUCCUAUGGACAACUUAUUUAAAAAUAUUUCAGAUAUCAAAA